CAGAAGUCGUCCGGGAUCCACAGAUGGGUCCGAUGAGAGAACUGAGCGGGACCAUGGGGGUUCUAGUUAUGUCGGUACGUUUCGCGUGCAGCGGGUGGCGGUCCAGUCUGGAGAUAGGGCCGUCCCGACCGCCGGACAUGCAGAUCCGGCUGGUGUCACCGCGGCAGACCGUCGGAAGAGGGCUUCCGGUUAUGGCGUAACAUCGGAAGUCCGCUGGAACAGUGCGUGCGGUUACCGAGUCUCCACUAGUAACAUCAAGCUGCCGACCGUUCAAGAAGUUGUCCGUCACAUUGGGGUGUGCACCGACGAGAGCACUGAAGGAGGCAACGAUGAGACUGUAGGCGUCGAUGAUGCGGUUCCGUUGGCGCUACCAACAGUUCGCGAAGUUGUCCGUCACAUUGGGGUGUGUACCGACAUAAGCACUGAAGGAGGCAACGGUAAGACUGGCGGCGUCGGCGGCAGAGAAGACGAGUUCACCGAAGGCAUCGAUGAUGCGGUUCCGUUGCAGCUACCUACAGUUUGCGAAGUUGUCCGUCACAUUUGGGUGUGCACCGACAUGAGCACUGUAAGGGGCAACGGUGAGACUGGCGGCGUCGGUGACGGUGAAGCUACAGCGGAGGGAGAAAACAGUUGCAAUCCGUAUCCAGUCCAGCAGGGAUCUUCCAGAUUUGUUGAUUUUAUUUUUAUUUUUUUGUUAUGCUUGGCUUCGUCAUCGGUGUUGCGGAGUAUUUACUUUCCCAUUUCCUUUUAGUAUGGACACUAGCGAGAUCGUCCCGAUAGCAGCCCUAGAAGAGUCGUCUAGCUACGGGAACUCUGUCGGCAUAGUCCUUACAGGGUUGCUUAAGAGACCUGCCGGCAUAGUCCCGCAGGAGGUGUCCAGUGUGGGCAACGCAGCCCUAGAAGAGUCGUCUAGCUACGGGAACUCUGUCGGCAUAGUCCUUACAGAGUUGCCCAAGAGACCUGCCGGCAUAGUCCCGCAGGAAGUGUCCAGUGUGGGCAACGCAGCCCUAGAAGAGUCGUCUAGCUACGGGAACUCUGUCGGCAUAGUCCUUACAGAGUUGCCUAAGAGACCUGCCGGCAUAGUCCCGCAGGAGUUGUCCAGUUUUCGGAACACGUCAGAAGAGUCGUCUAGCUACGGGAACUCUGUCGGCAUAGUCCUUACAGAGUUGCCCAAGAGACCUGCCGGCAUAGUCCCGCAGGAGUUGUCCAGUUUUCGGAACACGUCAGAAGAGUCGUCUAGCUACGGGAACUCUGUCGGCAUAGUCCUUACAGAGUUGCCCAAGAGACCUGCCGGCAUAGUCCCGCAGGAGUUGUACAGUUUUCGGAACACGUCAGCAGAAUCGUCUAGCUACGGGAACUCUGUCGGCAUAGUCCUUACAGAGUUGCCCAAAAGACCUGUCGGUAUAGUCCCGCAGGAGUUGUCCAGCUUUCGGAACACGUCCGAAGAGUCGUCUUGCCACGGGAACUCUGUCGGCAUAGUCCUUACAGAGUUGCCCAAGAGACCUGCCGGCAUAGUCCCGCAGGAGUUGUCCAGUUUUCGGAACACGUGAGAAGAAUCGUCUAGCUACGGGAACUCUGUCGGCAUAGUCCUUACAGAGUUGCCCAAGAGACCUGCCGGCAUAGUCCCGCAGGAGUUGUCCAGUUUUCGGAGCACGUCAGAAGAAUCGUCUAGCUACGGGAACCCUGUCGGCAAAGUCCUUACAGGGUUGCCCAAAAGACCUGUCGGCAUAGUCCCACAGGAGUUGUCCAGUCUUCGGAGCACGUCAGAAGAAUCGUCUAACUACGGCAACUCUGUCGGCAUAGUCCUAACAGGGUUGCCCAAGAGACCUGUCGGCAUAGUCCCACAGGAGUUGUCCAGUCGCCGGUUUCCUUCUGGUAACACCCAGAGGAACCAGUUUAGUCAUGGCGACUCCUCGGUAAACCGCCAGAGCGGUUACGGAGUCGCCUCGUGUGUACUCCGGAAGAUCUCGGAUGAUUGAUCACGGGGACCUUUCAGGCGUGGCUCUGAAGGGUGGUGACCCUUAAGUUCUCGCCGUUGGGAGCGGUCCCAGUGGUGGAAAUAAGGUAAGUGUGUAAGCGAGCGUGGGGGCCUGAAGUAAUUAUCUAUUUAAAGGGUGGGGGUGGGUACCUCUGUUUUUCUCUGUUUUUCUUGUUUUAUUUUAGUUGUGUUUCGCUCCAUUUAGUGUCAGUGAAGUGUUAACUUGUUAUGUGUCAAAAAAUUAUGUUGAUAGAAUCGUUAUGUUUGAUUAAUCAGGCACGUGUCCACUUAUCCGAUUAGUCCCUUAUUGGCCUCGCCCACCAGUCCAUAUUUUGGUUAUUAUUUAUUAACUUUGAAUACAUUUUUAGACUGGUUACUCUUGGUUAUCGUGACAACGCAGGGUUGAUUUCAAUGUCAUGACAUCCGGCAACUGAUACCUUUUUCAUGUUUCUGUUCAGGUUUACCUGAGUGGAAGUGGAGAUGUUUGAGCUGGUUUUGCCACCGGAAAUAGAGAAAACAUACAUAUUUGUGUGAUUUUGUUAUAGACAUAACAUUUAUAUAAAUUAUUAUUAUUAUUUCGUACUUGUACUGACGGUGUGUUUUCACGCGAGUGUAAUACGCCUGAUGUCGUAAUGGGUACACGUCGCCUCGCUGAAAACUGGGGGGUAGUUGGCGGCAGGGCGAGGCAUUUAGAGUACUCUUUAUCAGAUCCAGCUGUGAGCUCUUGCAGCCACUUUUAUUUAUAUUUCUCUGAAUAACCACUCAUGGACAUGUCGUCAUUGUGUAUUAUGCCAUUAGAAUAUGUAAAUUGUUGCAUGUCAUGAACUGUGGGGAACUGUUGCAUGUCAGGAAACGUGGGAAACUGUUGUUCACAGCUGAAGGCUGUCCAUGGCUAAAGCUUUGUGGAGUUACUGGCUGGGCGAGCCCAUUAAUCUCUCAGCAUGAGACUGUGAACGGCAAUAUAAAGCAAUUCUAAAAUGUUAGCAUUCUAUUUACAUUUUAUUUCAGACCAGGGAUCACUGACACUUUAUGGAGGGUAUUACACUUUAAUUGGGGUAUGCAUGCAUAUUAAAAUAUUCUUGGUGGUCGUACGAAAACCGGCCAAUGGGUUAAAUAAGUUGCGGUCUAUUUAGGGUUGAGGCCCCCAUUCUGCGCACGUUGUGGCGUGCCUGUAGUUUUGAAACAAUUAGGUUGUCCCGACUUUGGGGAGUCUGGGCACUGUCAUAGUUCCGCUAAGUCGCUGCGUCUAGGCGUACAUCGCAUUGCAAAGGCGCCCUCCUUGCUUACAAAAGGGGCAUUGGGGUCCGAGAGAUAGUCAAUAUACUUCCUUGGGGUGCAUGGGACGGCUUGGACGCAGUGGCUUAAGAGUACGUUGCAUGGCGAAGGCGACCUCCUUGCUUACGAAAGGGGCAUUGGGGUCCGAGAGAUAGUCAAUAUACUUUCUCGGGUGCGACGGGAUGUCUGUGGCGGACUGACUAUGACAUUCGGUGGGACGAUUCCUUUGUGAGUAGGGGGUCGCCCUAAAAAGAGAAAAGUGAGGGGAGUGUAGUGCCAGUGCCAAGCCCCCCUGCAGAGUGGUACCCGGCUUGCGUCGUUCAUGUGACGGGACCAUGCUGCAUGAUGUGGAGCCAAUGGGAUGGACGCAGAUGCCUGAUGGGAUGACCAUGCUCUCUUGCUACCGUGUCCGCGGACGUGUGCAGACAUGUUACCUGAGGUGAGUAUUUCCAGGAGCCUAUGUGUGUGCCGGUAUGUAUUAGCCUGUGGAUGUGAGCCUGUGUAUGUGUUAGCCUGUGACGUAAGUAUAAGCCUGUGACUUAGUGUCUUGCCAGGUAGGUUUAGCCUGUGCGUGGGGUAGGUUUUCCCAGGAGGAACAGUGGCGUGUAGCCGAAGACGAUAGCGGACGAGUGUUUCCCUCGAAGUGUGUACUGCCGAGGACGACGUCUGCCAUCCUGACAAGGUUUACAGUCGAAACCCAUAAUGUCCAGUACCAAGUAACUGUGCAUAAUUUGCAACAUCUGUAUAGACGAUGCAAAAAAGCAGCAAAGUUUACAGAGAAAUGGUGCAGUUCGAUAAACGGAGCAAGAAAAAAACAAAGUACUACCAUUUUUAACAGACAUGGUCAGUUCGUUCAUGUGGAAUGUAGCAAAUAGUAUUGUAAUCAAAAUACAAUUUCCCAGGAUGAAUAACAGAAAAAACAACAAUCUGAAUGUAGGGAAUCAAGAUCCAAACUUGAUUAAUUUAUUUUUUAAAGAACACUGCUUGUUUUGUUUAGCUUGUUUUAUGUAUUAAGAAAAAGGUGGUCAUGCUGUAUUCGCUGUUCGGACUCUGGACUUUCAGAGGCCAUUGCAAGAUAUCUGUGAAACAAACAAAGAUGAUUGGGCUGCUGCCUUUCGUUCACGUUUGGAAAUUGUAUCCGAUUUGCCAGCAGCAACUGCAGAUGCCGUGAACCGUCAAAUGUGCAAUAUCAAUUUCAGAACCAAUAAGGCAAUUCCUGUCUACUUCCAACAUGAACACCUGAAAAAAGAAAGACAUCCUCAGGAAGACCAAGUGACGCAGAUGCAGGAGACGCAUGACAACAGUUUACUUUUUAAAUGGAAAUGGGGAUAAAAAAAAUUAACUAUUUAUGAAUUUACAGACAAAAUGAAGAAAUUGUGUGGUGAGAAAGCUUAUAGAGCUUAAUACAAUGAACAUAUAUUGGACGAAUAUUUUGAGGAAUCUGCGAUUAUAACAGAGAUAAAUGGCAAACAAAACAUCGAAAAAUACUGCAGCAUUAAUAGUUCAUGAUUUGUAUUGUGCAAAGAGAUAUGACGAUCCUUAUAAAGAAAAAAUGAAACUUUUUGAAAGCAGCAGUAAAUCUUUUCAGCAAUGAUUUAAAGUCUGCUUAUACAGACACAACUAUUUUGUGUAUCCAAAUCCAGAUGUGAUUUAAUCUGAUGGUAUGAAUACACAGUUUAUGCCGCAAAGAAUUAUGCAGUUUUUGCAAGAUUUAUAAGCGCAAAGGGUUAUAUAAAAGUAUGUUCAAUAGGACAAGCUAUCAUGCAGACAGCCCGUCAAAGGUCGGUUCUUUGCCCUUUGGCUUUGCAUUUAGGACUAAGUGUUCAGUUGCUUCAAAGUAUCUACCGGUAAUUGAUAUUUGGAAUAGUGUGUGCUACUGUUUUUCUUACUAAGAGGUUUGAAGCAAUUGCUGCAAAUGCUAAUAAAACAUAUAAACAAUUUCCUAACCGACAUGUAUAAACAGUUUGUAGCAGACAAUGUAUAUCAUAGUCUUAUAACACUUGAUGGUCAUAUUACCUUUCAAGGUAUGGGUCUGGUAGCCUGCGUUACCCUGAGGAAACUUUGGUUAUACACCUAUCAAACAGAUCGCAGUCUCAGCUGAGGAACCUAUUGCUGCCGGAAAAUUGAUAUUUAUUUUUACAGACAACCAGAAGGUCAAAAACUACCUGUUACAUUCGCAGAUUUGACAACAUUAAAGGUGACUGACACUGGUUCUAAGAUUAUGUUUCGUUCACAAAUACCGGUACUUGACCUGCUGUUCGUAGCAGGUUUAAUGCAAAUGGUGAGAAAAGGAGAUUUUCCUGAAAAAUCUAAUGGUGUAUUUUUACCAAUGAUAGACAUGGACCCAAAUUAUAUGUUAUGCAUUUACACUUCAUUAUCCUUUGUCAGCAUGCACGCAUGCGAUAAUGAACAACCUGCUAUCAUUACCUUUGAUCAGCGAUUGACUGGAAAAGCGGUCCAACUAAUAUGCAAUGAAAACGACACAAGUCUCCUCAAAGGUAUUCUCGUAUGAUUUGGUGGUUUGUAUUGUAUUCUGACUAACCUUGCUUGUAUCGGUCAGCUUAUGUCAGGCUCAGAUUGAAAUUACUUAUUGGAGACAGUAUUCUGCGUUCCAAGGCGGUUACCCCAGCUUUUUUCAUAUUUUGUGUUUAUGUUGGUUUGUUUUGUGCUGUAUUGUGCUGUUUUAUACUGUUUGGGCAAUCGGUCACUUGCCUUAAAUACAGGACCAACUAAUUGUUUUUAAUGAAAAUUCAAUACUGCUCCAGCAGCUGGAGUUUCACUUCUUUAUAUUGUAAUGAACUUAUUGAUUUGUACGAGAAGCUUGUUUCUGGUCAAAUUGACUUUAAUCCGUCUACAGCAAUAGGUUUUUAGAUGAAAUGUACACGUCCUUCCAAAAAUAUAAACUAGCAAUUUCAAAAAUUCCAACAGCUGCACUUUGGCUACAAUAUUUUGAAAUGAUAAACCUUUUUAAGAACAAACAUUUAGCACGGCAGAUGUAGGAGUGGAUUUGUUAGGAAUCAACACUUCACCCAGCAUAUUUGGGUUGGGCAAAAGUACAGGACAAUCUCGUACCUACAGAGACCGAUAUACAGGUUGCUCCUGAAAACUUUUCAACAUGAUCUGGUGUGAAUGUAAGCAGAAUUGUGACUCGAAAAGGUGCACAUGUAUGAAAACUGGACUCGAAUGCUCCACUGCUUGCGGUGAAUUAAGGGUACAAGUUGUUCGAACAGCACAUAAUUUAUUUACUCGGAUUCGGAAUAGUUUUUGUUGAAAGACAUGUAUACUACAUUACUAAACUACAUAACUAAAGCAUUGGCACGUUUGUUUAAACUCUGGAUUAGUUUUGAAGAAAACAUGACCCGAAAGGCAAAUGCAAUUUCUCCGACGACUAUAAGUUUGGAUCUAUGGUGUUCAAAGUCUUAUUUAUAUGGUUGAUCAGAUAUUCUUGUUUACGCUUUUGUGCUGUGUUUUUGUAAAUAAUGUAUUAUGUGCAUGUUACAAUGUGUUCUUGUAGAUAUAUUAUUUUUGGUCAUUUAAUAUUUAGAGUUGUACACUAUAAAAUAGUAUGAUACCUUUCAGACGGAUAAUACAUCCAGGAAUGUAACAAUAUUCCAAGUUGGACUACAUGAACUGUACUGUCUUGUAAAUUAAACAGACUGAGGUUUUAUUUUUUGGGUAAUUGGGUAUCUCGUUUCUAUCUACCCCCAAAUAAGGUAAACUUUUUGCCAAAAUUUGAAGCAGGCAAUAAUGAAUUAAAGCAAUGAUUUAAUAUAUAUUUAUACAAGUGUUCCGCGGUCGGAGACAUAUGACCCCCCCCCCAAACGUGGCCUUGACCGUGACCUUUACCUAGUGACCUGUAAAUCAAUAGGGGUCAUCUGCCAGUCACGAUCAAUGUACCAAUGAAGUUUCAUGACCCUAGGCCUAAGCGUUCUUGAGUUAUCAUCCGGAAAACAUUUGGUGGACGGACCGGCAGACGGACCGACAAGUGCAAAACAAUAUACCCCCUUUUCUUCGAAGGGGGGGGGGGCAUAAUAAGCAAAAUAUACUAAAAGCAUACGAUUACUUGGUAACACCAUAGAGAUUCAUUUGGAAAAAUAUAACUUAUUUAAUAAAUAAAAGACAUUUCUGUUUACGUUCACCGGGCAUUGUCUAAUUUGUAGAUACUGAAAUACCCCACCCACUUUUUAACUAUUGUUUGGUCAAUAACUAAUAAUUUGACAAUUUUAAGUUUGCUUAAUAAACUUAAAAAUGCAUAUUUAUUGUUUAGUUUAUUAAUUCAAAACAUAGGACACCUACAAUUGCAGAUUUAAAAACAACAAAAAACAGACCAAGCACAAUCAUCAACUAUGUGAUUGAGUAUAUUUGUUUGUAAUUUUCUCCCGUACAGACACUAACUACAACUGAUUGUUUUUAGUUUUCCCCUCAUUAGAUUCUUUUAGACUUUUGAUAUGUUUAAGAGUGAGGGUUGAGUUAUCAAAAUCUGUCAUCAUACUUUCUGUUUCAAUUUGUUUGAGGUUAAGCCUAUUUGAGGGCUAGAUUGACUUGACAAAACGCGCAUUCAAUAAUUAUGUAAAUCAUGCUAUCAAAUUUAUUCCCACGUGAAGAUUAAAAUGCGAACCAGCAUUCAAAUGUCACUAUCAUACAUGCAUACGCUAGAUAUAUGAACGAGUUUGUGUGAUAUCGCACAAAUAAAGCACAUGUUUGUCCCGUGAACGCUCACAGUAAAGAUGUUAACAUCUUUCAAAUUCACACUGCAAAAAUAUGUUCGUUGUGUACUUUGACAGUCACAUUCGUUGGUGCUCUGGACGAUGCUUCGUGCAAUAAAAUCAGUUUCAUUGGAAUAUUGGAAUGGUUUGUAUGUUGAAUUAUUGUGUUGUUGUGUCUGUAUUUGUGUUGAUGUGGUCAUAAAUAAAUACAUGUAGUAAAGGUCAAUUUAUUGUCUCCUUUAUCAUAUGACAUACAUUUACUUAGUGUGGAAAUUCUGUCCUCUAUUUUUUGCGUUUACCAAUGAAAGCUGAUGCAAUACUUGUACCUGUUAUGUCCAAUCAUAAUUAAGAAUUAUUCUGAUGAAAUAUGUUCAUUGUGCAUUCGAUAUUCAAAGACCAUCAAGCGGACGUAAGUCCAUCCUCAUGGUCUUCCUUUAAUCCAACCUGGUGAGUUUUUAAAUUGUUUUCCUUUAUUGAACAUUUUGUAUAAUAAAAUGUGUGUGCAUUUUAAGCGAUAUUAAUUUCAUUCAUAUUUUGUUGUAUCGCUUGUUUUGUUCUGUUUGUAAAAUAUUGCCAUGUUUUGUAUAUAUU